GUUAUCACUAUACAUCUAGACCGAACGAAAGCGAGGCGACAGGUCUCUGGUCUAGCCUGACAAGAUGAAUAAGAAUACUAUUCAGCCGGACGAGUCGGCGGAGCGAGAUGACCGGACGUGUUGAACUGACGAGCUGACUUCACGUGUUGAACUGGCGAGCUGAUCUCACGUGUUGAACUGACGAGCUGACCGGACGUGUUGAACUGACGAGCUGACCGGACGUGUUGAACUGACGAGCUGACCGGACGAGUUUCAGGACGAAUUGAGUGACAGAGUUUAUCGGACCAGUUGACGGGACAAGUUGACCGGACGUGUUCAUCGGCCGAGUUAACAGAACAAGUGGACCGGACAAAUCAGUGGACGAGUUACCGGCGAUUUAACCGGACGAGUUGACAGGACAAGUGGAGGUAGCUCUCGUAAAAUGAUAUUUAAUAAAGUGCGUAUCAAGAGACUCCAUUUUUGUCUGGUCUACCUUGUAACAUUACAGGUGAUAGUUCUCGUUGGCCAAAGGUGGAGUUUAAGAUCCCAGGAUAAACGUGUGCACAACAGGACUACAGCGUAUCAAAAGAAUGAAUCUGACGGACUUUUAAGUGCCCAGGUCAGUUCAUUCAAUUUGAAGUUCACACCCUAUAGGAAGAUCAUGAAGAUAAUGGACUACAACCCUAGACCAGGCAACCAUUUCCGCUUUAACUUCCAGGGAUGCGAGUACGACCGCUGCGCCCAGACGUCCGACCCAUCAGAGGCAAACCUUCUCAUGAUAAACGGCGCUUUGUUAAAAAAUGUCAGUGUGCCCAAACGACCCACCGGCCAAAUAUGGCUAAUGUACACAAGAGAACCCCUUACCGACAAAAGAUUUCUGGAACUGAAGCGGCCGUCUCUCCGUGGUCAGUUCAACUGGACUAGGACCUACUUCAAUGACUCAACAUUUGUUUCCUUUUAUGGUGGAUUGCGAGCUCGUGUUCCUCCCGAUAAGAAUUAUGACAAAAUUUACCAAAACAAACAAUUUGACGUGGCCUGGUUUGUCAGCCAUUGUAACACCAGCUCCAGACGAGAAGACUUUGUCCGGAGGAUGGCCAGCAAGGUCAAUGUUCACAUCUUUGGGAAGUGCGGUAACUACAGCUGCGGGGCCAAAGGCUACGACAUGGGAGGCAGCAAGGACGCAUGUCUCAACAUGCUAUCACGUGACUACAAAUUCUACUUGUCUUUUGAAAACUCCUUCUGCCGUGAAUAUCUUUCUGAGAAAUUCUUCAACCUGUUUCCUGACACUGACGUUAUUCCUGUUGUCAGGGGCGGAGCUAAUUACACAAAGAUGCUGCCUAGCGGUUUUUACAUCAACUCCAAAGACUUUCGAAGCCCGGAGCAUCUUGGGAAUUAUCUUCACGAGCUGGCGCGCGACAGAGACAAAUACUUGACUAUGUUGAAGACGAAAACUAGGUAUGAAAAGUACCAACCAAACGACAACUUGUCAUGUACUCUGUGUAAAGCAGUCCACACACAAACUCCACAACAUAGUUAUGAAGAUGUCUACACCUGGUUAACUCGACCUGACAACUGUUGGCCUCCAGACGAUCUGGGAUAGUUUGGAUCGUUUCUUGAACUUCGCUUUUUUUUUAAGGCGUCAUUAUUUUGUGCAUGAAGUUUGUCUGGUUGUUUGUCGUAUGAGUCUGAAUUAUUAGGUUUUAGAGUCAUUCACAAGAUUGCCUUAUUUCUUGUUCA